AAAUACAAAGACAAAAUAAGAAUUAGGGGCUUAGGGUUUUGUAUCCUCUCUCUCUCUCUCUUUCCCUCUCCCUGUUUGUAUUGGCAGAGUGAAACUGAAUAUCGUAAAACAAUGCCGCGAACUACGACAUUAGAGUGUCCUGGUUGCCCUCCACUUCGAGCUCUAACUUUUGACUCACUUGGUCUCAUCAAAGUGAUUGAGUCUCGUGGUGAAAGAGGAAUACCUCAGGUUGUUGAAAGAUGGGGUGAUCCUGAUUCCUCCAAAUGCGUGCUUGCUGCUUCCAUUGAUGACUGUAAAAAAGACCCUUUUUUGGCUGUUGCAAGGAAAAAUGGAGAGGUUGAAGUACUCAACCCUCUUAAUGGGGAAAUUCGUGUUGUGUUUUCUAAUGUUGUCGAGGAUGGUGUUCAACCUGAAGAUGAUGCUAUUGCUGGUUUGCAUUUAUUCAAGAGAGAGAGAUCAACUGGAUCAUGUGCUUUGCUUACUUGUACAACAAAGGGAAAUGCAAGCAUGAGGUCCAUUGGAGUUGAUAAAUCGAUGGCUGAUGUGGCCAAUACCAGUGUAACAAAGACGUGGAAAGUUUGUGGUUCUGGCAAUGUCUUGUGUUCUAAAGUGGAUGGAAGUGAAAAUUAUGCUGUGUUUGGAGGGAAAGGUGUUGAAGUUAAUCUAUGGGACCUUGAGAGUUCUACUAAGAUUUGGACUGCAAAACCUCCUCCUAAAAAUAGCCUUGGAAUAUUCACCCCAACUUGGUUUACAUGCACAACAUUCCUGAGCAAUGAUGAUCACCGUAAAUUUGCAGCUGGCACCAACAUUCAUCAGGUCCGUUUAUAUGAUAUCUCUGCUCAGCGCAGACCUGUCCUGUCAUUUGACUUCAGAGAGACCGCUAUUAAGGCAGUCACUGAAGAUCAAGAUGGCCAUACGAUCUAUAUAGGAAAUGGGUCUGGUGACCUUGCUUCCUUUGACAUGCGAACAGGGAAAUUAUUAGGAUGCUUUAUAGGGAAGUGUUCUGGAAGUAUUAGAUCCAUGGCUAGGCAUCCGGAGCUACCUGUGAUAGCAUCAUGUGGUUUGGAUAGCUAUUUGAGGUUGUGGGAUAUAAAGACUCGUCAACUUCUUUCUGCGGUUUUCCUGAAGCAGCACCUCACAAAUGUUGUUUUUGAUUCCAAUUUUGUUGACAAAGGUUGGUGUUCCCUUUCUUUGCACGGGCUUGGAUAGUAGAGUUAUAUCUUGAAUAGUACUAAUCUGGACCUCCGUAAAACUUGGGUGAUUGUGCAUAAACAAGUCUAGAUGGACUGUUUACCCAAUUGCAUAACUAUGAUAAUGAAUAAAUUAUGGAUGAGUGCAAAACUUAAAGGAAAAGAGCUAUAUUGCUUGUUUGAUUUGCUUCAAUUUAAUGAUUUCCGAUGAUUGGUGUUGCUCAAUGAAGGGAAUAUUUACCAAAGCUUUCUUGGGAAUGCCAUUAAGAUUGAAAUUUUAUUUAUCAUUAGAAAAGUUAGUCAAUAAAAAAUACUUUUCAGAUUUGGUCUCUAUUUUUUUAUUUCUAUUUAUUUUAUUUGAAGUAAUUUAUAAUAUUGAAUUUUUUUAUUUCAUCCUUUUUCAACUUUUUUAUUUGUCAAAUUUUGUCAUGAUUUUUUUUAUUGCUAUUUGUUUAUUUGAAAUAACUUAUGUAUGAGAAUGAGAUUUUUUGUUUUACUUUCAUCCUCAUUCAACUUUUUUUAUUUAUCAGAUUUGGUUCAUAUUCUUUCGAUUGCUAUUUGUUUGAAAUAAUUUAUGAAAUUAGAAUUUUUUUUAAUCUCAUCAUUCUUCUACUUUUUUAUUUGUCAUAUUUGAUUCUUAUUUUUUUAUUGCUAUUUGUUUUAUUUGAAUUAAUUUAUGAAUUUGAAAUCUUUUUUUAAUUUUAUCCGCCAAUUUUUUUCACGUGUCAAAUUUGAUUCAUAUUUUUUUUAUUGCUAUUUAUUUUAUUCAAAAUAAUUUAUAAAAUUGAGAAGUUUUUUUCAAUUUCACCUUCUCAUUUUUUUUUCUGUCAAUUUUAGGAAAUUUGAAAAAAUUAAAUUAAAUAUUAAUAAGUUAUUUUUCAGUUUGUUUUCUAUGACAUAUCCAAUAAAAGUAUUUUCUAACUCAUUUUUUUUUAAUACCGUGUUACAUUAAAAAAUAAUUUAUUUUCAAGAAUUUACUUUCCAUAGAUUCACAUACAAUUCCCAUUAAAAAUUCCGGCAAACAAAUAGCGUCUUGGUCUCAACAUGAGCUUUGUCUAUCUGAUAGCACUGUGAUGCAUUUUCUUUAUUGCUAACCAUAAGUCAUAUUUAUUCUAUCGGUGACCAAUGAUUACUAUUGUCCUUAUUGUGCUAGCAGAAAUUGCGGCAACAACACAGAAUGUGGAUGGGAUCCAAACUACUGAGAUGCAAACUGAAGUUGAGAUUGGAACAUUGCC